AUGAAAGCGAUAGUAAUCAACGACUUUGUCAAGGUCAGUGGGUCGCCCACAAUGAUAGUAGACCAGACUGAUCGAGUCCAGGACCUUGACGAGAUCACGGUCGCCGAGGUCGAGAGACCUGUUCCCAAGUCGAACGAGGUGCUCGUCCAAGUGAAGGCUGCCGGCGUCAAUUAUGCGAAAGGCAAACAUCAGAAUAACCAAUCUUUGGUCCGGCCACCAUUCACAUUGGGUCUUGAGUUCUCGGGAGUAAUUGUCUCGGCACCGUCGGAUUCGGGCUUCCGUCCUGGCGACAGAGUCUUUGGAGGGCACACUGGCUCAUACAGCGAAUUCAUAUGUCUUCCUCGUUCAGAUUCUCUGCAUCACAUGCCAGCCAUAUGGACGUUUCCGCAGGCUGCUGGGUUGGCAGCGACGCUACCCGUCUCUUUUGCCGCACUUAUGCAAGCCGGCAUCAAAGCUGGCCAAACAGUUCUCGUACACGCUGCAGCAGGCGGUUUGGGCACCAUGGCUGUCCAAAUUGCUGCCGCUCUGGGUUGCCGUGUAAUCGGUACAGCUGGGUCCCAAGCCAAAUGCGCCGUGGCUACGCAGUGCGGAGCUCAUGCUUGCGUAAACUACGUCGAACACACGGCAUGGUGGGAGAAAGUACUAGAAUUGACUGAUGGCAAAGGAGCUGAUAUUGUUUUUGAUCCCGUCGGCCUCGUUGACCCUAGCUUGAAAUGCAUCGCUCAUCGGGGCAAAGUGUUGGUUGUUGGUUUUGCAGGUAUACAAAACAACAUGGAACGAGUAGCUAUGAAUCGUGUUCUUCUGAAGCAAGUCUCACUGAUUGGCUACGUGGGUUCCCCCUUCCACUCAAGCAUUCGGUAUGGCGAAAGCUCUCGUCGGUAUCCUCAGGAGCAAAAGACCACCUGGGAUGAGCUCCAGCCGUUGAUGGAAAGCGGGAGUAUACAACCCGUGGUUUACGACACGCAUUAUCAUGGGCUUGGCAGUGUACCUCGGGCGCUGAGAGACAUGGUGGAUCGGAAGAUUUGGGGCAAAGCCGUCGUCACAAUGGAUGAGCCGCUGGGUGGUUCGCCACUGGCAAGGCUUUGA